GGGCCCUGGCUGCUGGGCCCCUUCUCCGCGAACCCCUAGCGAGGCGCUGCGGGCCUUGCUCACAGACCUUUUUCCUGCCCUGUUUUGGUACCAAACUCGAAAUUUGGGGCAGCGGCCUGUUAGUGCCGGACUGGGAUCAGCCCUGGGUUUCCAGAGUCCGGUUUUGUACGUACCUGCCGAGCGGGGCUGAAACCCCAAGAAUGGGUGUCCUCUACCCUGGGCUGUUGGGUUGGGGACGGAAGCUGCGGGCUCCCGGGAGAGGUCCGCUGCAGCUCGUGACCCGUUUCUGCGGGGACCACUUUCAGGCCAGCUCCGCCAAGAAGAUCCGGGCCGGGCAGGAGGAGCCCGGCACGCCGCCCUCGUCGCCACUGAGCCCCGAGCAGUUGGUCCGCAUCCAGAAGAACAAAGCCGCCGCACUGCUCAGACUCGCAGCGCGCAAUGUGCCUGUAGGUUUUGGUGAGAGUUGGAAGAAGCACCUCAGCGGGGAGUUCGGGAAACCAUAUUUUAUUAAGCUUAUGGGAUUUGUUGCAGAAGAAAGGAAACAUUACACUGUUUACCCACCCCCGCAGCAAGUCUUCACAUGGACCCAAAUGUGUGACAUAAGAGAUGUGAAGGUUGUCGUCCUGGGACAGGAUCCAUAUCACGGACCCAAUCAAGCUCAUGGGCUCUGCUUUAGUGUUCAAAGGCCCGUGCCACCCCCGCCCAGUUUGGAAAACAUUUAUAAAGAACUGUCUACAGACAUAGAUGGUUUUGUUCAUCCUGGUCAUGGAGAUUUAUCCGGAUGGGCCAGGCAAGGUGUUCUCCUGCUCAACGCCGUCCUCACCGUCCGGGCGCAUCAGGCCAAUUCUCAUAAAGAGAGAGGUUGGGAGCAGUUCACCGAUGCUGUUGUGUCCUGGCUCAAUCAGAACUCGAACGGCCUUGUCUUCCUGCUCUGGGGCUCUUAUGCUCAGAAGAAAGGCAGUGCCAUUGAUAGGAAGCGGCACCACGUGCUGCAGACCGCGCAUCCCUCGCCGUUUUCGGUGUACAGGGGGUUCUUCGGAUGCAGGCAUUUCUCUAAAACCAAUGAGCUGCUGCAGAAGUCCGGCAAAGAGCCCAUCAACUGGAAGGAUCUGUGACCUUGACCCUUGGGGGUCAGGGGUCUUUGAGUGGUUUUCUAGAAGCUGUGAUUGAAGUAUCUGUCAUUUAUGAAGUCAAAGUCAAAAAACAAUUUCCCUCCUAAUUCUUCAGCACACUGCACAAGGGCACACAUUUUCCGAGGAGCAGCGGUGAACCAGGCAGCCUGGGAGCAGCUUUACCUGGCCAGAAGCACAAAAAUCUCCCUGGGACCUCUGGCCUGGAAUAUGCUGCCUGUGGGUCAAGGUUCUUGGAAGGGAGAUGAGGUCAAAUACUCUGGACUCUGUUCCCCUUUGUUAUUACUUUCAAGCAGGGAGGAGAUAAGCACCUUUUUGGUACAGCCAGCUUCUACUUGUUUUUACCUGGCAGGUUAGACUUUAGGUUUUGUGGUGUUGGGUGUUUUUAUUUGGAAAGGCCCCCUUUCUUUACCCAGCCUGGCGUUCCAGUCUUGGUCAGGUACACUGGCCCGUGAUCUUUCACGGAGCUCUCAGGAAGCCUGAGGUUUUUGCAAGUUCCCAGAAAUUAGGGAUCGAGUUCCUGACCGUCGUACUGGCGAAAAUUGCUAAGGAACCAUCCUUGGUGUGAACUUUCACUUCUGGAGGCUGGGGAAAGUGAACUGGGUCUAGUCUAUGCAAUUAGUUAUGUAAUUCUUUGGGUGUUUCUAGGAAUAAGGUAUGGAGGUUGAACAGAAAGGAGGAGAAACGUUUUUGUUUUUUUUUAAGAGGAAAGAUGCUUUUUUUCCUAGCUGCAUCUCGUCUGGGGUUUGUGCCAGCAUACACUGCCAGUGUUUUUUCGUGUGUGGGGGGUAGGGGUGCGGUUAGACUGAAAUCACUUUGGGAUUUUUUUUCGGCAACACUGGUGAAUUUUGCUUUUUUAAAAAAGAUACUUAACGCAGAUGUGUACAUAUAUAUAUAUAUUUUUUAAUCCUUUUUUUAAGAGGCAGUCUUUAUUAGGUGUGCACCUCCAUCCCAGAUGCCGUUAGAGCGCUGUUUUGCUGUUAGCUGGGUUAAAGGGUUAACCCCGCGAGAGUUUGGUAAUAAAAGAUUGUUGAAGUUUC